GGCACGCGGCGGUCACACCAGAAAUACAGCCAAACAAAACAACAAAAACCAUUGCGACCGCUAACAAAUAUAUAUCUUUCAACUUGACUCAUUCGCAUUCCGGUUGACUGUGUCGCGCCUGCAGCAUGUCUGAGAAGCCGACUGUUCUGAUUUUGGGUGGCUGCGGCUUCAUUGGACGCAACUUGGCCACUUAUCUGCUGGACAAUGAACUGGCGCAGGAAAUACGACUGGCCGAUAAGACGCCGCCGCAGAUGGCAUGGCUGAACGAGGAGCAGACGCGGGUCUUCGAGAGCGAUCGGGUGGAGUUCUGCAGCGCCAACCUCAUAAACGCCGCCUCUUGCAAGGCGGCUUUUGCGCCACACCCCACCACCGGCCGGGCCUGGGACAUCGUCAUCAAUUGUGCGGCCGAGACGCGUGCCAACCAGGAUGAUGCCGUCUACAAGGAGGGCAUCCUGAAGCUCAGCUUGAACUGCGCCAAUGAGGCGGCUAAUCAGCGGGCCAAACGGUACGUGGAACUCAGCUCCGGAUGUGUGAACAGCAGCGAGAAGACGCCGCUGAAAGAGGAUUGCAAGUCGGAUCCGUGGACGGGCGUGGCCAAGCAGAAGCUGAAGGUGGAGAAGGAACUGGCCAACAUUGGCGAUCUCAGUUACACGGUCGUCCGCUUGCCCGUGGUCUAUGGCAUUGGCGAUAAGCGCUAUUUGAUGCCGCGCAUUAUAAUCGCUGCCAUUUACAAAUACCUCAACGAGACAAUGAAGCUGCUGUGGAACGAUGCCAUGCGUUUGAAUACGGUGCACGUAUCGGACGUGUGCGCUGCCGUUUGGCAAUUGGCUCAGAGUCCCAAGACCGCCGGCCAGAUCUACAACAUCUGCGAUGAUUCAGCAUCGACGCAGGGCACCAUAAGUAAUCUUUUGGUGGAUAUUUUCGACAUCAAUUUGGACUUCUUUGGCCUUGUAAUGUCAAAUUUGGCAAAACUUUAUCCCACGGACACCGUCAGUGAAAUCAACGACAAGCACAUGGCACCCUGGGCCGAGAUUUGCCAGCGCAAUGGCAUCGACAACACUCCGCUGACACCCUACCUCGACGAGGAGCAGCUCCAGCACAAGCACCUCUACUUGGAUAACACGAAACUGAAAGACUUUGGCUACGUGCUGAAGCAUCCGAAAGUCACUCGCGAGCUGCUUAUGGAAAUGAUCAACGACUAUGUGAAGCAGCAAUUGUUUCCGAAAUCGUUGGUUCUUUGAUUCACUACUCCCAUCAGAAGAUUGCACAACGUUGACAUGCACUCGGACCCGGAGAUAUACUUUCCCAGUAGCUUGUAGUCCACUAGUUCUUUAAACACUUAUCAAUCCUCUUCCAAUUUGUAUACGGACACGGAUACUCUCGCAUGUACGCUGUGCUGUAUCUCCGUUUUUUAUUAUCACAAAAGUGUACUUAUAGUAUUAUAGAACCCAUAUAUAUUUUUGAUACAUUCCAGUCGAUCCAGCGAUAUAUACGUUUUUGCGUACGAGUAGAUUAUAAUCGAGACUAACAAUUUGUAUUCCAUUGUGAUUAGCUAAGUGACCAACUCCAAUCGACAAUUAAAAUGCACUUGUUUAGAGUUUA